CAGGAACAGCGCGCAUCCCCGCGAGGCACCAGGCGGGGGGUAAUUACGCAGCACGCGCGUUAAUGGCUUGCUGUCAGCGUCAAUCAUAACCGCACGUUGACGCACGCGUCGUGUUUGUUUUCUUUUCUCGACUUCCCGACGCGCUCAAGUUUCUCACCGCAUGACUUUGUUUCCGGAAGCUGCGUCUCCCCUCGCGCGCUGGUGGCCAGAUGGCGCCUCGCGCUAAUCUGUUUACGGCUGACAGCCUCGCGCCGCAUGUUGAGUGAGUUGAGGGCAGAUUGGACCUCUUACCGGACCUGCAGUAGUGUGUGUGUGAACGUCUGACCCGACCUGCAGCAGUGUGUGGGGUAAGGACAGACUGGAACAGUGUGUGUGUCAUGUUCACCAACCAGCACCCCGUUCCUGCACCGUCGACCGUGCAUCAGUGACCACAGGUGCGUCAGAGUGACGCCACGUUUGUCUAAACUCAGCGCAACAAGUGGAAUAUUCUUUAUUACCUCGCCUCUCUUAUGGAGUCUGAACCUCACGGGUCCCCAGCAGCGCUCCAGUCCAGGGAGUCCUGAGGGUGAAACGACCGAGGAGUAGAGAACGUGAAGAGGAGGGACACGAACCAGGAACGCAGGGAGGACGAUGGGACAACACGGAUUAUAACACAAAGGAGAGGAAUACAAGAGUAAUGUGACUGAUGAAUGAACACAUAAAUGAAUCCCACAUAAGGAAUAAAGCUCACCAGAGGAGUUCCAGGAGGGAUGGAUUCACGGCCGAGGCAAUCGUCUCUCUGACUCCGGCUCCACAAGUGGAUCCGUACGAACCCGGGACAGCAGGAGCAGCGGGAGGACAUGUUGCUUCCUCUUGUUGACGGUCUCUCUCUGAAACACGACCAGAGCAGAAGUACGAGGAUGAAGAACCAAUGAAAGGCACCAUGGGAGUUACAAAGUGGUUGGAAGUCUUGCUCUGGAUGCCUCUACUGUUUUUCCACCUGGGUCGUGUCUCUGUGAUGUCCCAGGGCCAUUUCCCGCGGAUGGAGAACAUCGCGGCCUUCAAGCCCGUCUCCACGUCCCCGGCGCGCUCCUCCUGCGGCGACCCAGGGAGGAGCAGCUACUGCCGGGCGCCCCCCAGCCCGGCCGGCCUGGGGUCCUGCGCCCGGGCCUUCUGCGACCAGGAGUGUCCCUGGAGGUCGUCCACGGCGCCGUACGCUCCCCUGCUGCUGCCCGCUCACAGGGGUCUGUGCGUCAAGGAGGACCCCCAUGACGGCCCCCCCGGCCCCGAGAGGACGCACCCUGAGGGGACAGAAGCCCCUACCAGCGGCCAGGGCAGCCUGGUCUUCAACACCACCCCGGGAGGCUGCCUGGUCUCGCCCCCCGCCCAGGACCUCGGCCCGCUGGGGUCUCUCACCCUGGCGGUCUGGAUCAAGCCCUCCGCCCCGGGAGAGAUGCUGCUGCUGGAGAAGAGCUCCAGAGGCCUCCUGCUCUUUGCGCUGACCGCCUCGGACCGGGCCGUGGUCCUCCGCUACGGCCGGUCCCGCGGGCCGCGCCUGCUGUCCGUCAGCUUCAGGACAGCGGGCCGACUCGCCCUUCACAGGUGGACCCACCUGGUGCUGCAGGUGGAGCUGGAGAGCGGUCUGCUCUACUUCACUCUCUCCUGGGGAGGUCAUGUGACGGAGCUCAGCAUGUGGGUGGGGCUGAGCUACUGCGACGGAGAGUGGAACCAGCUCUCAUUGGCUAAACGCGCCUCCGUCGUCUCCGCGGCCGUCAACGAUUGGGAGGAGCGUCUGAGCGGGGCGGGGGGAGACGCGGGGCUGAGUGUUGAUUCGUCGGUUUAUCUGGGGGGCGUGCCCACGGACCUCAUGCAUCCGGCGCUGGCCAGGAACAGUCACCGAAACGGUCUGGGAGGGUGCCUGAGGAGGUUGACGGUCCGUGCUGACGGAGCUCCGCAGCCGCCCGUCACCCCCACCGUAAACCUGUCCAGCGCGUCCCGCCGCUCGGUGAGGGUGGAGCUGGACGGCUGCUCCUCGGGGGACAGCCGCUUCCUCUGCCGGGGGAAUGAUUCAGUGCUGGUGUACAGCGGGAGGGAGACGCUGGCCAGGGACGCAGGCCUGCAGCCUUUCACCGAGUACCUGUACAGGUGUGUGGCCGUGGCUGAAGGAGGCUGGUCGGCAGGGCCUUGGCAGAGGGGACGCAGCCGAGGCACAGUACCCAAGCACAUUCAACCCCCCAGCGCGGUUCAAAUUAAGAACGGCUUCAGUGCCCUGGUGAGGUGGGCCCCGCCCACUGGUGAUGUCAGAGGGCUGAUUGACAGGUACGAGCUGCGGGCCUACCAGAGCGGCCGCCCUGAUGAGGCUCCUGUCGUCCAAACCGUGCGUCCGACGGACACCAACUACACAGGCCUGCUGUCGGGCCUGACCCCCGCCACACCUUACGUCGUCACGGUGACCGUCUGCUCGCCCGGCGGCUGCACCGAGAGCCGGCGCCACGGGGACGAAGAGAGCGGAGACGAUGACGAAGGAGCGGCGUGGCGCUUCACCACCCCUGAGGAAGCUCCCCAGGCUGUUCAACCCCCUGCUGGUGUGUCAUCCCCCUCCACCCUAAGCCUCACCUGGGACCCCCCAACUAGGCCCAACGGACUCAUAACGUCCUACCACCUGUACCACAACGAGCAGCGGAUCUACACCGGGAACCGCACACACUUCAACCUCACUGCUCUCGGCGUGUACUCCACCCACGCGCUGCUACUGAGCGCGUGCACCGCGGCCGGCUGUAGCAACAGCUCCCAGGUUACCAUGGUUACCUCCCAGCUGCCCCCCGGGCCGCUGCCGCCCCCCCGCCUCACCCUGAUGGACGCCCGGACCAUCCUGGUGGAGUGGUCUCGCCCGACGCAGGUGAACGGCGUCCUGACGUCCUACGUGGUGUACCUGUCCCGCGAGGGGGCGGGGCCUCAGCCCGUGUACAACAGCACCCUUCUCCGUGAGAGCCACACCCUGCAGCACCUGCGGCCGGGCAGCAGCUACACCGUCAGCGUGGCGAUCAUUCUGGUCCUGUGUUCCCCAGGUGUGGUCACCAGUAGAUCAUUCUGGUCAGGUGUGGUCACCAGCUACGGGGUGUGGCUGGACGGGGAGCUCCUGCUGAACUCCAGCUCCUCCCAGACCUCCUUCGUGGUGGAGGGUCUCUCCCCCUGGAGCCUGCACACGCUGGGGCUGCAGGCCUGCACCGCCCAGGGCUGUGGAAGGGGACCCCCGGUGGAGGUGCGCACGCAGGAGAAGCCCCCAUUGGGCGCUGUGUUGCUGGAGAUGACCAACCAGAGCUCCCGGUCGCUGCGAGCUCGCUGGACCCGCCCCGCCCGGCCCAACGGGAACCUCAGUUACACACUGCACCACCGCAGCAGAGUGUGA